AGGGAGUUUGUUGAACGGGCGCUAAAUCUGUUGUCUGUCCACCACCACAUACUGUCUCAGCCAGACGGCUACCUCUGGAGAAAAGUAAACGAAGGAACGGUAACAAUUAGCAGACGACGUUGUUGUAGUUUGACGAGCUUUGAUGAAACACUUCAUCACACUUAGGCGCGAGGCUCCGGUCACUUGUGUCUCGAGCUAUGCUGAAUAAAACCUGCCGCCACUUUGUGAACUGAGCUCGGGACAGCUAACACCCUCCACAGUCACAGCACAGCUUCUUACCGACAAUGUCUGCUCGUCUUCCACAAAACAACCUGCAGGAACAGCUGGCGAGGCACAGCAACGCGGCUCCAGCUAAAGUGUCUCAGGCUAAACCCAAAGCGGGGGCCUUUUCUUUCAAAAAGAAGUCCUCAUUAGGUACAACCAAGGUGGAAGUCCAGACCAAGGUAAUCAGCUCUAAUGUUUUGGCAAACAGGAAUGUCAAUGUCCCUAAGAGCAGUUUGGUGACUAAAUCUCCUUUGACAUUUUCAAACAAGCUUGAGAGACCUCAAAAAUCCAAAAUCAGCACCUUCUUCCCUGUAAGCUCAAAAGGCAGCUCCGUCAGGUCAGCAGGUAACCAUGCUCCUGCAGGCCAGUCUACGUCAGCAGUGUCUGCUGUUAAGGUGACUACAACUCCAGUCCAUCAGUUUACUAGUGGUACACGAAGCAGUUCAGCAAGUCUGGAUGCAUCUCUUGGAUUCCCGCUGGACGACUGGGAUGAUUUUGAUGACUUUGAAACUCCCGUCAAAGCCAAAAACGACUCUUUCAGUUCAGAAAAAUCACGGAAGAGCACCAACCCAGUGUCCUCUCCUAGCGAAGAGACAACACAAGGGGAGCUAAUACACAAUGCCUCUCGUAUGACACCAGAUUUAAACAUCAGUGUUGGAAGCAAGAAUGGGCUUUCCGGAAGUGAACCAUCCUGUAUGGAAACGGAUGAAGCGGAUGGAGCUGCAGCUUCAGCAGGACCUAGUUUGAAUCAGGACUCAGCAGAGUGUGAAUUUGAGGAUUCUCCAGUUAAAAUGACCAAAAGACAUGCUGCUGCUCGACUGAAGUCUGUCAUAAGCGACAGUGAAGAGGACAAUGAUGUCGAGUUUGAGCCUUUUAAAGGAAUGUCAGACAAUAAGAACAAAGGGGUAGAGUUCAAGUCAGAGGAAGACGAUGACCUUGAUUACAUCCCCCCUUCUCCGACCCCUAAUGAGAUCUCUUACACUCCUUCUGCACUGGAAACAAGGUCUAAAACAGCUGGUACUGAAAGGAAAGAAAGUCCUGUGCAGCCAAGGGAACUCAUCAAAACACUACAUGAACCCUCUGAUCAUCACUCAAAAGACAAAACAAAUGAGCAGCUCUUCAGUAUCAUGGAGUCCAUUUGUGCUCUGGUUGAUUCAGUCCCUGAACACGAACUAAUAGCUCUGUCUUGUGGAAACGAGCUUUUGGUGAAGAGGGCUCAAAGGAAGUGGAUUCUUGCAGUUGGUGGUGGCUGUUUACCGAAGAUACAGCAGCCAGACAGUACUGUGAUUUCUGAACCUAGUGUUAAAGAAAAAUCUUCUUUGAGCUGUGAUACAUCUAAUGUUAUGUCAUCCAGCUGCUCUCUGCCUAUGGACCUCAAGAAGCCUCUUCAGAACAGGAGGUCUUCAAUCAUCUCUAUAGACCACGACUCAGAUCACUCUGAUAGUAUUAUCAGUGGGAAACCCAUGCACAGUGAGCACAGCAGGACAGCACAUGAGGAAAAUGAGAUUAUGUGUGACUCUCCAUCAACCCACAGCUUUACAAAUUCAUAUUUUGAUUCCUCAAAGAAAUCAACCACAAAAAUGGAGGAUUCAGAUCUCUUCUUCUCGCCCAAGAAGCCAGAGACUGUCGUUCAGAACAAAGCGAAACCCUCAGCUGCAGAAGACAUAGAACCAGAUGACUUUUACCUAGACGACUUUGAUAUAGAUGACUUUAACGACUCUGAUAUCCCUGAUUACUUUGAGAAACCAUCAGAGCAGGGACAAAGGUCUACAACGGUGAAAGAGGGGGGACCAAGCAAGUCUUCAUGGGAGAAGAAACCAACAACACCUGCGUCUAAGCCUAAGCCUUCAACGAUCUGCUCUCCAGAGCCAAAUUUCAGAAACCCAGCCCAUGAUCGCUUCAGAGGGUUUGAGUUCUCCUACUCACAGGAGAUGAUGAAGAUCUUUCACAAGCGUUUUGGUCUUCAUCAGUUCCGGUUCAAUCAACUUGAAGCAAUUAAUGCAACUCUUCAGGGAGAGGACACGUUUAUUUUGAUGCCCACAGGUGGGGGUAAGAGCCUGUGUUACCAGCUGCCUGCCUGCGUGUCACCAGGAGUCACUGUGGUCAUCUCCCCACUCAAAUCACUCAUUGUAGAUCAAGUCCAAAAACUCACUACACUGGAUAUCCCAGCAACAAGCCUGUCUGGAGAUAAAAGUGACAGUGAAGCAGGGAGGAUAUAUAUGCAGCUCUCCAGGAAAGACCCGAUCAUCAAACUGCUCUAUGUCACUCCUGAAAAGGUCAGUGCAAGUAACAGGCUCAUCUCCGCCCUGCAGAACUUGUAUGAGCGUGGCCUUUUAGGCCGGUUUGUCAUAGAUGAGGCCCAUUGUGUCAGUCAGUGGGGCCACGAUUUCCGUCCCGACUACAAAAAGUUGCAUGAACUGCGUCAGAAGUUUCCCAACGUGCCGAUGAUGGCCCUGACAGCCACUGCUACCCCCCGUGUUCAGAAAGACAUCCUCAACCAGCUGAAUAUGACUCGACCGCAGGUGUUCACCAUGAGUUUCAACAGAACAAACCUGAAGUACUCUGUGAUGCCCAAGAAACCCAAAAAGGUUGACGAGGACUGCAUGAGCUGGAUCAAGAAGCACUACCCACGUGACUCUGGCAUCAUUUACUGCUUGUCCCGUAAUGACUGCGAUGCCAUGGCUGAGAGUCUGCAGAGAGCAGGGAUAUUAGCUCUGUCGUAUCAUGCAGGCCUGAGCGACGGUGACAGAGAAUAUGUGCAGAGCAAGUGGAUCAAUCAGGACGGCUGCCAGGUCAUCUGUGCCACCAUAGCCUUCGGCAUGGGCAUCGACAAGCCUGAUGUGCGCUAUGUGAUCCAUGCCAGUCUGCCUAAGUCAGUGGAGGGUUACUACCAGGAGUCCGGGAGAGCUGGCAGAGAUGGCGAGAUCUCUCACUGUAUUCUCUUUUACUCGUACACAGACGUACAGCGUAUCAAAAGGAUCAUCAACAUGGACAGAGAAGGUGACCGACACACCAAGGCGACUCAUUUCAACAACCUUCACAGCAUGGUGCACUUCUGUGAGAACGUGAUGGAGUGCAGAAGAAUUCAGCUGCUCGCAUACUUUGGAGAGCUGAAGUUCAACAAAAGCUUCUGUAAGGAUCACGCAGACGUCACCUGUGACAACUGUGCCAAACCCAACCAAUACAAGCUGAGAAAUGUCAGCGAAGACGUGAAGAAGAUCGUGAGGUUUGUCCAGGAGAACUGCGAGAAAGUUGGAGCAAGGUUCGGCAGGACUGCUCAGCAAAACAGACUGACACUGCAUAUGCUGGUAGAUAUCUUUGUAGGGUCUAAAUCUGCCAGGGUACAGACAGGUAUGUUUGGGAUGGGAGGAGCAUAUUCCAAGCAUAAUGCUGAUCGCCUCUUUAAAAAACUGGUUCUGGACAACGUCCUGGUGGAGGAUCUCUACAUCACUAACGGCGGCCAAGCUGUGUCUUAUAUCUCUGCUGGACCCAAAGCCAUGAACGUGCUGUCUGGACACAUGCAGGUGGAGUUCUACGAGACAGAGAGUGCAUCUAGCAUCAGGAAACAUAAAGCUGUGGCCAAGAACGUCUCCCAGAGAGAGGAGAAGGUUCAGGAGUGUCUGAAGGAGCUGACGGAUCUGUGCAAGCAGCUGGGGAAAGCUUUUGGCCUUCACUAUUUCAACAUCUUCUCCACUGCCACCUUGAAAAAGAUAGCUGAGAAGCUUUCUCCUGACCCUGAAGUCCUGCUACAGAUUGAUGGUGUGACGGAAGACAAACUGGAGAAGUAUGGAGCUGAAGUCAUUCAGGUGUUGGAGAAAUACUCUCAGUGGCAGCUGCCUGCAGAGGAGCAGGUUGACAAUGGUGGAGGCAAGUGGAUAGACACGACAAGAGGCCGCACAUGGGAAGAUGACGAGGACAACACAGAGUCUUCUACCUAUUUCCAUAAUCAGGCUGCGCAGGGACAAAAGAGAAAGAAAGCUCCGUUCUUCAAAUAUUCCAAGAAGAGAAAAGGAUAUAACAACACAAGUUCCAGCUCUAAAGGUCGUGGCUACAGCAGCAAUAAAUCGUGGUCGUCCUCUAACUCCAGAGGUGGAUCAAAAGCUGCAGGUCGGGGGUCCAGGAGCUCAGCAGGAGAUGCUCCAGCAGGCCGGAGGCCGGGCUUCCUGACUGUCCCGACCCCUCAAACCAACCAGCGACCCUUCUUAAAGCCAGCCUUUUCACAUUUGAGUUAGGGCUGAGCAAACUUAUUUCACUACAUUGUCAGUCCAGUUGAUGAUAGCAAAUUGAAUAUUUAUAUUCUGUACAGUUGUUGUCAUGGUGUCUGUCCAGAUUAAUAUGAUUGUUUGUACACUGGUUGUAAAUUGUAAAAUGUUUACUUUACCAAUGUGAUGUACAUUUUUGAUUUUGUAUAUUAAAGACAAAAAUUUGAAAUUCUAUCGAUGAUUAUUGUUUCAGCUGCUCUACAUUCAGGAACAACCUUUGAACUGUAUUCAUGUUGUACCACAAAGCCACAGGGAGCCACAUCACAUUUUUAUUCAAUGUUUAUUUCAAGUUUGAAUAGUUUUUAUUUAAUGGCACCAGUUACAAGGGACUAUUGGAGAGAAACAAUAUUUUAUACUGACUUGUACAGAAGGUUACCUACAGUACAAACAUGGGUUCGGAAUGGAUCAGACUGAACUGACAAGAACUGGAUUUGGCACAUGGAUUUAUAUAUAUAUAUAUACUUGUAUAUAUAACGUAAUUAAACAGCAAUCUUUAAUCCCAGGCUAGAACGAUGCAGACUACAUGACACACCACCAGACAUGGAUAUGCAUAUUCACUUAUUGACGUGUAUGCAUGGUUGUGUGAGGGUCUGUGUACUUGGAGCUGACAGAGGAGCAAAAAGCAGAUCUUCGGUCCUGACUACUUUCAUCCACCAACCCCUCAGUUCUACAUGCAUCACCCACAUUAAUGUGACUGGGAUUUUGGCCAGGAACAAAAUUUGGGUAGCUAAUUGCAUAAAAUUUACUCCAAGUUUGAUCAUUUAAAUUGGUUAUGCAAUUGUUUUUCAUCACAUAAAUAGCAACAAAACCUUUUUUUUUCUUAAUGUUUGAAAGACAGCUAACGGCAAUCUUUGAAACCCCUGAUUAUGUCAUACAUAUAUUGGAUUUUAAGACUUUUUUCAUAGGAUACUGGAUGAAAUGUGGGGAAACGGGGAGUAGACAAAAUAACAAGAACACCUCUUUAGACACCACCUUUGUUACAUUUUACCACGUGGGUGUUUCUGUUAUUGUGUCCUGCCCAGUUUAAUAAAUUGAAACAAGAAUUGAUGUGUCAUCUUCCAGUGCAGCACAUCAUAUUUGCAUGGUCAUACCUUAAUGUCUGCUUUUUAGGGACUGGCAGCUGUUUUUGAUUUAUAAACUACUCGUUCAUCAAAAGUCACACAUCUGGCCAAAAACUGUAGCCAUCUCCCAUGAGGUAAAAGAACUGCAAAAUAUGUAAGCAUGACACAGCAAACUGAAAUGUAAAAUUAAAGUCAGGUUUGUAACAGGAAAUACACCCGUAGAGACAAAUUAAGACAGAGAUUUCGGGGCCGUCCAGUGUACAUUACAAACAGUUUCAGACAGAGAUGUUUUUCCCUCUCGGCCUGGGAGAUUUAAGGAUGGAGUAGUCUGUAGGUCAGUUGUUACAGAUGUUGUGUCUUUCGUUCUCCAUUCUUUCAUCUUUGCGACUUUGGUAAACUGCAGAGUUAGGAUCCAGGCACAGGGGACAAUCUGUCACUUAACAACGAAACAGCAAAGAAAACAGCAGAACAAACAUCCACACAAGAGGUCUCUAAGGAAAAUGGAUGUCUAUAAAAUGUUAUUAAUAAAUGAAUGAAAACAGUAACUAAGUGUCUCAGUGGUCACAUCAUUGUUAGAGUCAGCACAACAGCAAUUUGGUAAGUGGUUUUCUAGAAACAGAAAAGAUAUAUUUGAUUUAUUCAUCGUUGGAUUUUCAUACACAAGUCUGUAAAUCACGUCCUUUUGCUCUCACAGCUGAUUAUUGCUCCUUGAAUAAUGCUGCCUUGUUUGUUUGUUUUUUAAUUGUUGCAUGUUCAGAGAGACCACUGAAGCUACAUAAUGCUGAUAGAUGUAUGAGAAACACCUUUGCAGACUGACCUUUAAAAGAUGUCCUGCUAACAACUCCAGCCUGGCUGGACUGGUCGGUCAUGUUGACCUUUAUGUCAGUAAAGAAGUAAUAAAUAUGACGUAUGAAUGUACACACAAAGAAAAAGUCUACCCACCCACCCUGCUCCACCCAUGUUAAGAAAAAAUGUGCUUCAUCUUUGCAUCUAUUAUUUAUUGGAUGUAUCCGAGUUAAAAAUGAUUCAUGUGAUAUAAAUAAGGUCCUACACCGACAGGUUUUUUUUUUGCCAACGUAGCUCUAAUGAUUUGAUUUUCCCUCCAGCAUUGUGCUGGGAGAUGUCGGUGCUGCUCCCUACGCCACAGAUAACUGCGGUUUGUGAAAGAUAAUGAGCUACAGGAGUGGAUCCAGCCACAACGGCAAAGUUCAUGCUACUCUGUGGUCAGGACUACAAUUUAGCCAAGGACUGACACGCUCGGAUUACACAGGAGCAAACAAAGAAAGUAGCACCAUCGGGCCUUCAGUGGAGCAGCUGCAGGUGCUGGUAUGAGUGUGUGGCAUUUGAAAAAGCAGGCCAAAAACAAGCAACCCUGUACAGCCAUUAGAGUCUCUUCCAUUCCCAAUUUUCUUUUUUAAAUCUCACUUUCAAAGAAGCAGACUGAUCACUUGAACCUCUCUCGAAAGUCUUAUCCCUCAGUCUUCUCUACCUCUUUCUCUCUUUUCAUGCCUUUCUCUUUUCCUUCCUGUAAGUCCUUAAAAAAAGAUGAAAAACUUGACUUCUUAAUACUCUCUGUCUAGACCUCCACUGCAAUCCCCUUAAAUCUUGUUUCCAUUCCUACAUACAGACAUACUAACACUUACACCUGCACUUGGUACAGGAGGUAGACACGCAAUACAAAAAACAGAUUUUACCCAGAAUCCAGCAGCCAUGACAGUUAUUGCUCCCUGGAGCUGUGAGGCAGAAGAGUCUCGAGCCUGACCGACAAAUCUAAGGGCAGAUAUUAUUUGCUAAUAUUGGUUUAUGACACGAUAUGUUGGUAUAUACUUCUGAUUUGGCUGAUCAGAAAUCAAGGGACGAAACUUAGACACAUAAUUCAGAAAAAAAAAGUGCAUGAGGUAUCUC